AUGACUUCCGGUAGUUGCGCUUGUAACUAUAUUCGCUACGUCGCCUCUGCUCCACCUAGCUGCCUGGUCAAUUGCCACUGUACCACCUGUCGCAAACAAGCGGGCGCGCCCUACCAGACCUGGGCGAUGUUCUCGACCAACAGUGUUCAAUGGCAUGUCAAACCCACCGAGUGGCGGUCAAGCAACUCUGCUACACGAAGCUUCUGCCCGCGUUGCGGUUCGACCCUCAGCAUGGUCCUGGAUAGCAGCCCGAACGAGGUGGGUGUAGCUGCGGGGACAAUCGAUGACCACGGCCAACUCCCACAGCCAAGCGAUCAUAUUUUCCUUCAGGAUAAGGCGUCUUGGUUUGAGGUGCCGGAAAGUGAUAGAGCCAAGAGGUGGGACGAGUGGGAUCACAAUGACAACAUGUAG